CACAACCAGAACCCUAAACUCUAGCUUCAGUUUCCAUUCGGAGUUUUAUUGUGACGCACCGUCACAAGAAUGACCGGUGUUUGGGUAUUCCAAUGCGACCAUUGUGUGGCUUGACAUCAUGAGGAUGGACUUUUUAUGAGGAUAACAUUGGUGGCUUUGAGCAGCAUAGUCUCCCAUCAUGUUGCCAGGGGCAGUACGUCACUCAGUCCCUCUGUGGCGCUCUGCUUUGGCCUCUGGCUGCUUGCAGUGUGAGGCAGGGCCAGGGAGAUGGCUGCUGGGACAGGUACUGAGGAGAGUCUACACCUCCACGAGAGCAAGGCAGGCUGCAGCAGGGGACAGUGCCCCUGUGUUUUCCAGAGCCCAAGUGUACAAGGACAAGCUGGCCAUAGUGGACGACAGUGGGAGCCACAGCUACAGGGACUUGUAUGGCAGUAGUAGGGGCCUGGCUGCGCGUAUCAAGGCAGCUCUGGACUGUCCCUCUGGGGACCUGCAGGGGAAGCGCAUCUCCUUCCUGUGCGCCAACGAUGCCUCAUACACGGUAGCCCAGUGGGCAUCCUGGAUGUGUGGCGGCACGGCCGUGCCUCUCUACAGGAAGCACCCUCCGUCUGAGCUGGAGUACAUCAUCUCUGACUCCCAGAGCUCCCUGCUGGUGGCUGGGCAGCCGUACGCAGACACCAUGGAGCCCCUGGCCCACAGACUGGGACUGCCCUACCUGCAGUUGCCCCCCACCUCCAGCCUCAGCUCCCUGCUGGAAGCCCCAGAGAACCAGCCUGAGCCUGGCAUCACAGACUGGGCCCAGCGUCCAGCCAUGAUCAUCUACACCAGCGGCACCACAGGCAGGCCCAAAGGGGUUCUCCACACUCACAGCAACAUUCAGGCCAUGGUUCAGGGUCUGGUGUCAGAGUGGGGCUGGUCCAGAGAUGAUGUCAUCCUUCACAUCUUGCCCCUGCACCACAUCCACGGCAUCGUCAACAAGCUGCUCUGCCCUCUCUGGGUGGGUGCCACCACCGUCAUGCUGCCUACCUUCCAACCUCAGAAGGUAUGGGAGGUCCUGCUCAGCUCCAAGGCUCCUAUGGUGAAUGUGUUCAUGGCUGUUCCAACCAUCUACUCCAAGCUGAUCCAGCACUAUGAGCAGCACUUCACCCAGCCACGCGUCCAGGACUUUGUCAGGGCUGUCUGCAAGGAGAGAAUCAGGCUGAUGGUGUCUGGCUCGUCCGCCCUGCCACAGCCCACCCUGCUACGCUGGGAGGAGAUCACAGGACACACCCUGUUGGAGCGCUACGGCAUGACAGAGAUAGGCAUGGCCUUGUCCAACCCCCUGAAGGGUCCUCGCAUCCCAGGUGCAGUCGGUGUCCCUCUUCAAGGAGUGGAGGUUUGCAUCGUCAUGACGAACGCAACCAGCACCACCAUCGCCGAGGGCAACAGCAGAGAAACUCAGGUGCGUCCAGGGUUGGAGGGGAAGGAGGGGGAGCUGAUGGUGCGAGGAGACCAGGUCUUCACAGAGUACUGGAACAAACCAGAGGCCACCAGGGAGUCUUUCACUGAGGAUGGCUGGUUCAAAACGGGGGACACAGCGGUCUAUAAGAAUGGAGUGUACUGGAUCAUGGGCCGCACCUCUGUGGACAUCAUAAAGAGUGGAGGCUAUAAGAUCAGUGCUCUGGAGGUGGAGCGACACCUGCUAGCCCACCCUGAUAUCACAGAUGUGGCUGUGAUUGGUGCUCGGGACGCCACCUGGGGACAGAAGGUGACAGCGGUGGUGCAGCUGAAGAGGGGGCGGAGCAUGACCCUGUCAGAGCUGAAGACCUGGGCCAGGAAAUGUCUUGAAGCAGUCUGGGGGAUAUUACCGAGGGAGAGAGACGCUCUAAGAGCACAUGGCUCCAUACACCAUCCCUACAGGCCUGGUCCUGGUGGAGGAGAUGCCCAGGAACCAGAUGGGGAAGGUCAACAAGAAGGACCUACUCAAGCACUUCUUCCCCAGCUAACUAGUAGAGAAGCCUGCACCUCCUUCACGGCUCACCUCCUCCAUGACACCUCCCUCCAGCAGGAGCAGAGACCCUCCUCAUACUACAGUAAACCAUUGAGAUGAGCUCCAAGUGACUGACUCUCCAGACGGUGGUCUGGGGAAGAAUGAAGAGACCUCAUUGAGGAUCCCACUAACUACACCACUGACCCCACUCAGCUCUGAGUUACCGUAGGACUGUUCACUGCUGGGCCUGGAGGCACUGAGCUCAACAGUGCUGUCUUACACGUGAUUAAACUGCUAUAGAGAUAUAUUUAGUUUGGCUGCUAUGACAGAGAACUGAUUUAAUACGAUAAGGCUGCGGUGCCUUCUUUAAAGACUGAGUGCUGCGAUCAUUAGCAUGACUGGGGUUCAUGACAUGAAUAAUUAUGCCAACACACAAGUACAUUAAGAAACCGUGAAAACGAUAAGAGCAGCAAGAGAUCCUUGACAUUAUACACAGAAGAAGAAGAAGAGGGGAAUACAGUGCAUUCUUAAAUUGUUCAUAAUUACAAUCCAGAUGGAUGCCCUUGAACUGGCAAUGAAGUUUAUUUUAAUGUAAUAAAAUGGAUGAUGUAUGGA